AUGAUUCCGAGAUUUCUUACAAAAGUUUGUAUCAUAUCUUUGUUGAUUGGAGUUCCAGGAGUUACUGAUGCAAGCACUUCAAUGUAUUCAAGACGAAGAACUCCAAGUGAGCGAGUCAUGUCAAUUAUAAGACCAAGAAUGUUUCAGAAUCCAGAAUUCAAAAUAGGCCAGACAAUUCAAAAAUCGAUCCAGUUGAAUCCAAAUCGAGCCCUUCCGUGCUGUAAAGAUGAAUCCGGAGGAUCAAUUUGUAAAAACUUGAGAAGAACGGACAUUAAGCUUUUCACGCAGAAAUGCCAAACGGAACCAGAUUUCUCACUUGUGGUAUGCUGUAAUUCUUGCAGUGAAGCUGGAAUUUCUUAUCGGAAGAGAGCCCAAAAAUUCAAAGAUAUUAAAAUUGAUUUUAGCUUCUUCAUCGGAAAAGCAAACUCCACCAACUGUUUUGAUCGUAUGAGUCCAGCAUACUGUAGCAGAUUUGAGACUGGAGAUGAUGCUUGGAACAAUAGACGCUGGUCCUGUGACACCUCUCACUUCAGACUUGGUUUCCGAGUUUGUCGAUCGACAUGCGGAUUUUGUGGUCUCGACUGGAUAAAAUCUCCAGAGCCUUUGAAAUGUCUUUAG